AGUGCAUCCUAGCCAUGGAAUAUUCUAGCAACGACGUGAAGCUUCUCUUCAAGUCCGUCUACACCUUGGUGAAAGGGCAGGACGAACUGAAGUCGACGCUCUCGGUGGAUGAAAUCCUGCAGUCUGACUUUCAGCUUAGCCACCGUUUGCUGGUGUCGCAAUGCAUUCAGCUAAUAUUUGAAGAUUUCGAAGGCGUAGGUCAGAAAUCACGCGAAAUUCUGUGGCGCAAGGGCUACUAUGAUGUGAUUUGUGUGCUGAAGCGUCAGAAAGGACGUACGAGCGAAGCUACGCUGCUGGCUGCAGCCGAUCGGUUGAUUCGUGAAGGUAUCAACUACUUCAAGGCCAUAGUACUUCGUUUCGUGCAGAUCUUUAACUUGGACUCGCUGCGAUGCCUGAUCGAUUUCAAUUUGCUAGAGGGCUAUGACGCAGAAGCUUUGCGAGAGGAAUCUGGAUGCUAUUCGUUGCUGCAACUGGAAACUGUCGAGGAAUCGAAAAACGUCGUAAAGGAGCUGUACACCAACCAAGAGAUUUCCUAUGCCUUAGAAACGAUCCAUUCCCUGCUUAUAUCGUUGGGCGAUCUGCACCGCUACCAGCUUGAGUUUGGCAUAGGUUCCCGCGUCGAGUUGCGGGAGCGAACCCGCAGAUAUUACAUGCAGGCGUUUAAGCUAAACCCCAAGGUGGGCAUGGCACAGAACCAAAUGGGUAUGCUGGCGGGUGGGCAGAAUAGCCACCUGAACGCGGUGUAUCACUAUCUGUAUUCACUAUGCUGCGCUAUUCCGUUCGAGUGUAGCGAAACGAACGUGAAUGUGAUCUUCCAGAAGAAGAUCCGACACCUGGAGAACGGAGGCGGUAUGGUAGCAAGCGUCAUGGAAGGCGAAGAUCAAAUGGUGGAAGACUUUAUCGCUACUUUUCUGUUGGUUGUGGACGUUUUCUUCUACGACAAGGUGGUGACUGGCUUCAAUAAUCUCUGCCAUUCGGUGUUGAUGGAUCUGAAAAAAAUCUUAAGUAUUCGUCAGCUGUUGGAAGAUUACUACCUGACCGAUGAAAUGCUAUUCCAGAUCGUCUCGAUACUGUUUUUCUGUAUGCAUCGCAUCAAGCUGAUCAACUCCGACAAGAUAUACAGCUUGAACGCGUUUCUGGUGGCGCUCUGUUCCGAACUUCUGCAGUGGUGCAUGAACAGCUUCGAAAAGUUCGCGAACGAGCGCACCCGUGAGGAUGUUUGCUUCCAGGAGCUCUAUCUUCAGCGGUAUCAAUGCUACGACGAACAGGUUCACCGCGCUCGAAACUUAGUAAAACAAGGCGCUGCGAUGUAUUCGAAAGAUCAAAAGUCCUCAUCUGGCGUUGAGGAAGGAACGGGCAGUCAGGAUAGUCGGCGAGGCAUGCUUAACAAGGAAAAUGGGGUUGGCAAUAUCACGGACAAGCGGAAUGUAGCGGUUAAUGGCAGUUCGAAAAAGGCCGCCGGUCGUGGCAAGAAACAAUCACGUCGUCGAAGAAGGUCCUACUCGAACGGAACAGAUUCUGAAGAUGAUGAGAAUUAUGCAGACGAACAUAAUAGACAUGAGAAUGAGGAUGAAGACGAUUCCGACAACGAUUACUUUGAUGAAUCUGAAUCGGAUUCUAGUUGCGAAGAUGACGAUGAAGAAGAAGAGGAUAUUAUGUCGUUGUCGACGUACGGAUCGUACGAUGAAUAUUCCGGCGAAGAGGAAGAUGGUGUAGCUGAUCAUGGUCGUUCAGAACGCGAAAAUAAAAUUGAUCAGCUACUAGCAAGCGAGCAAUCAGGUAGUCCUUCGGGCAACGGAACGGCUCCCGAGCAACUGAAAUUCAAAAAGCGUUACCAAAAGCUGGAUCCAAACAUCGUGCUACAGUUUGCCCAGGGCGAACGAACGCUGCGCUCGCUAAAGAUUUUGUUCGAUUGGUUGUUGUGUAACAUGGACGUGCUGCAUAACUGCUACCAAACGAACCCAGAGUUUCUGCACAACAUCAUGAAAUUGCUGAACUACUUUAAUGUUGACAUCUUUACCAAUCGCUUCUUCUUCACCCGUGACAUGAUCACCGUAUCAGGUCUGCGCGAGAACCUGCAGGAAAUCUUCACCGCCCGCCGUACUAUUCCGCUACAGGAGGAUGUGAUGAUGAAACGCUUUCCGCUGUUCGAACCGACCCAGGAGAGUUUGCUUUGGGAAGCUCAAUACAAGCUGGCCGUCAGCAAUGAGGAUGAAAAUUUCUUGCGUCUGAUGAAGAUGGUGGAUUUCGGGUUUACGGUGUGUAAAUCGAAAAAGUUCGACUACUGCUUCCUGCCAAAGGUGCGCGCAUUCAAACCGCGUACCGUGGCCGGUGGCUCGAAUCGUAACAACCAAAUGUCGAAAGGUCAACGGAAUGGCAAGCAAAAACGGAAAGGCGACACAGCAGGAAAGGCUGCCCCAGGGGCCAAGCGAGACUGGAAUGGAGGUGGAGGUGAUGCUCCCAAUCGUAGCCGUGGUUUGUCGUACAGUCAAUCUCGCAAUGGACGUUUCGGGCAGGGUCCAGUCGUCGAAGGUUUUAACAGAAACACAGGCGUUUCUAACGAAAACAAAUUUCGUCGGCGUGGCCACGCGUGCGAUGGCGAGGAGUCUGGUGAUAUGCACAUGAUGGUGCGGGAUUGCAAACGGCAACAACGCAAUCGCCAACGGAAGCAUGGCCAGCAGGUGACCAAGGAAUUGGAACAGGAAAAUUACCUAACCACUACUGCUCCGACCCUGUUUACAAAGAAAGGAUACCUACGCAAUCGCGAAAAUGGAAUAUUUUUGCAACGAAAGGAUAACAAUUAUCACGGUGCUGGUGAAUACCACGGCGGGGAUGGCAUGCACCGUGAGGGAAAUGGGACACACGAGAGAGGAGACAUAAACGCGCUCAUGGGGAAGCUUUGGCUGCGUAACGAGGUUGAAACGCUCGAAACAAAGGUUAAUAAACGAGCAGUAAACGUUACUCUGACUCCGUAUUUGGUGCUUGAUUCGAAGUGCCUCACUGAAUAUACAUCGAUCGUGAAGAAUUUGAUCAAAACGAAGAAAUUUGUCGUUUUGAUACCGAUAAGUGUUUUGGGCGAUUUGGAUGAACUUAAAAAGCACAGCGAAGGUGCCCGAAAUGCCAUCAAGUGGCUCGAGGUGGAGUUCAGCAAGGGAAAUCGUUUUCUGCGAGCUCAAAAGACCCAUGAAAUGCUCCCGAUGCCAUUGGUGAAGAUACCGAAGAAGCUGGAUCGUGAUGGUGCGGUUUUUAGCCAGAUUGUGCAGUUUUGCAAUUACAUCGUGACGAACCAGGCCGACAACGACAGCACGGACAUCAUUACCUAUCUUUCGGGAGACGGGUUGCAGGAUCGCAAACUCGGCAAUGGCAGCAGUUACACUGGCAUCCUGGAGGCCAUUCCGGUCAAGUUUGAGCAGAUCGUCACGUUCUAUUCCAGCUACAAACGGAAAUGA